GGACCCACCAAAAAAUUUUAAAUAGAAAAUCCCAAAUCUGCAAAAUGUCGCAUUUUAUUAUCGGAUCUGAAUCGAAGAAUCUGUUUUUGCUCUAUCUCCUCCUCCAAUCAUUAUGUCGAUCAUAUAAUCAUCGUAUUCUAUUAAAUUUUAUGAAUUUAAUUUUUUAAUAAUAUUUCUCAAAUUAUCUCGAGUAAUAAAUUAAUAGAUUGGAUUUGACUACAUUUUUUUUUUAAUUCUUAAAUUUUUCUGGUUUUCGACUAAGGAGAUUUUUAUGGAUGCCUAAAUCUGAUACACCAUGAGGAAGAAACUGGAUACCCGUUUCCCGGCUGCUCGGAUUAAAAAGAUAAUGCAAGCUGAUGAGGAUGUUGGGAAGAUUGCAAUGGCAGUUCCUGUUUUAGUUUCAAAGGCUUUGGAGUUAUUUCUGCAAGAUCUUUGUGACCGUACAUAUGACAUAACUGUUCAGAGAGGAGCUAAGACUGUCAGUGCAUUGCAUUUAAAAAAGUGCGUUCACAGUUAUAAUGUUUUUGACUUUCUGAAGGAAGUUGUCAGCAAGGUUCCUGACUACGGUCAGUCUGACACGGCUGCUGACACAUCAAAGAGAAGGAAAGUUGUGGCUGAUGAAUUUAACGACAGUGAUGAAGAGUCCAAAAGGAGCAAUAUGGAAAUAUGCCAUGCAAGUAGCGGCAGGGGAAGAGGACGGGGUAGAGGAAGGGGACGUGGUCGGGGCACCCGGACAACAGAAAGAGGGCCUCCUCGACACGAGGUUGAAUCUGAUUCUCUGACACCCAUUCAGGAUAGAGGCAAACAAAUCCCGAGUCCCAGGGAAGAAGUGGAUAACUGUCCAGAAGUGAAGGAAGCAUCAGUGGAGAACAUCAAAGACAAUGAUGGCGCCGAUUCAGAAUUAAGGAAUUUCGAUCUGAAUGCUGGAGCGGAUGAGGGUGCAAAUAAGAUUGCCCCGACUGCAGAAGCUCCCACUAGCUCUUCUGCCUUAGCUGCUGAUGUGCCUACUGAUGUUAAAGGUGAAGAGUAUCCUGGAUGGUCACUCUCUGAAAUGGAUAGGAUGGCCAUCGACCCUAAUCAACUUGCACAACUCAAUUCAAAAUUGGAUGAGGACAUUCAGGUGCUAACCUACUGGGAUCAGAAUGUUGGAACCUACAUGACAACGGCAAGGCGUUUUAACAAUUCCACUGCAGAUGCUGUAGUUUGUAUUUUUAGUGCAUUUAACCCUGUGUUGCGAUUACCACGUCUGUCUCGCAAGACUUUUCUACUUCAUUUGUCAUCACCUCAGUCAAUUCAGGGUUUCGCUAUUUGUGGCCCUGGACGAACAGGGGGUGCAUGUGGUGUGGCCUUGUCACUCUAG